AUGAAAAACCAACUGGGAGUCGAUUUUGCGGCGAGUGGAAAGUUCGUCGGCGACCUGCCGAUGAACGAAGCGCAGCAGAGGACGACCAAAUCGCAGCCGCGAAGGGAAUCGGUGGCUCCGAAGAUCGUCGUGUGCCCCCCGAUGGAGGAGACACCGCCCGCGAGUGCGCCGCGGGGCGCACGGCUGCUGAAAGCCCUCAGCAGGCGGCUGACCAGACGCUCCAACGACGCCGACUCCCUCGGCAGUUCGAGCAGCAACGACAGCAUGUCCUGCGAGACGGGCCGCACCGACGACCGCUCCUCGUUCUCCGCCAGCGACUCCGGCAGCGACGGCUCCGAGCACCGGCGCCGGCCCCGCUCGACAGUGUCCCUCCGUCGCGUCUUCCAGAACCUGAACCUCACCUCGCGCUCGCAGUCGUGCUCACCCACCGAACGGCAACGCCCGCCCAAGAAGCAGCAGCAACCGAAACGCAUCCUGCGACCGCCAAUAACUUACACAUACGUCCGCGGCCUCUCCGGUCUGCCAACGCAGAGGGUGCCCAGGCACACAGUUUGCUGCGCCACCACGGGGCUCAAUCGG